AUGGCUCCGCCCACCACAGAUCCAAAACAGAUCUCCAAGCCCCCAGCUCAUAAGCUUGUUUGCGCAUCCUCCCCAACAGACCUGUUAUCGGCGGCCACCUCCCAUACCCGUUCGCCGCCGGUCGGCACCACCCUUGCCGGCCCUCCUCCCGGCUCUGGUUCCGGCGCCCACCACCCUCAGCCGGGUGAAGACCGCCCCAUGGUAACUUCUAGCGCGGGCCUGUUGCCCGAUCCGCCGGCUACCAUCGCGCCAGCAACUGGCCACCCCGGUCAGGCCACUGCAAAGUCCGGACCUAUGCACACUUCCGGCAAGGACACAUCCACCUCGCACUCAGCCCAGAUUUUCGGUCACGGGCCUCCCCCUACAACUGCCGCGUCACCGGUGCCAAAGGACAUUCUUUUACGAGUUCUUGGUGAAGAUCGAGUUACCAAUUUUGUAAUUCAAGAAAUCAUCAGCAUUAUUGUGGCUGAUUAUGUGAAGAAGGAAAAUCUAACCGUCAAGGACAACACGAUAUUCACCAUCCAGACUGCAGAAGAACUAAAAUCAGCGUUUACCCCUGGAAGUGAGUUUGGGUUUAAUGUCACAAUGGAGCUUGAAAAAUCGAGUGUCGAGUCCAGCUAA